AUGGCGAGCAAGGCCAAGUCGCGCUGGGCGGACGACGAGGCCGACGCCGCUCUCGAGGCCCAGCUAAAGAGGGAAAAGGAGGAGAAGAAGCGCCUCAAGGCCGAGAAGGCCCGCAAACUCGAAGCCGAGAGACAGGCUCGAGAGGCUGCCGCCACGGCUGCUGCGCAGCAAGAGGCCGAUAGCACAAACGGACCCCCCGCGAAGAGGCGGAGGAUAUCGCCAAACCGCGAGACAAGCCAGACUGCUGAGGGUCGCGAUGCGAGCAACGACGCCCCCAAGCUGCUCCGCUUCGAGGGCGGCGCGUUCGGUCGUUGUCGCAGCGUCGAGAAUUACGACAAGCUCAACGACAUCGAGGAGGGCGCCUACGGCUGGGUAUCGCGAGCCAAGGAGAUCGCCACCGGCAAGGUGGUGGCGCUGAAGAGGCUGAAGAUCGAUCCCAAGGACCGCAGCGGACUGCCAGUCACGGGCCUGCGCGAGAUCCAAAUCCUGAAAGACUGCGACCACCGGAAUGUGGUCAAGCUGCAGGAGGUGGUCGUGGGGGAGGAUACGAGCAGGAUUGAAAACAUCUUUCUCGUCCUCGAAUUCGUCGAACACGACCUCAAGUCCAUCCUCGAGGACAUGCCCGAGCCCUUCCUCGCCUCCGAGGUGAAGACGCUCCUCCAGCAGCUCGCCUCGGGCGUGGCUUACCUGCACGACAACUGGAUCCUCCACCGCGACCUCAAGACGUCCAACCUGCUCCUCAACAACCGCGGCCAGCUCAAGAUCGCCGACUUCGGCAUGGCCCGCUACGUCGGCGACCCGCCGCCCCAGCUCACCCAGCUGGUCGUCACGCUCUGGUACCGCGCGCCGGAGCUCCUCCUCGGCGCCACCCGCUACGGCCCGGCCAUCGACAUGUGGAGCGUCGGCUGCAUCUUCGGCGAGCUGCUGACGCGCGAGCCGCUGCUGCAGGGGCGCAACGAGGCGGACGAGCUGGCCAAGAUCUUCGAGCUGUGCGGCGUGCCCACCGAAGACACCUGGCCGGGCUUCCGGCGGCUGCCCAACGCGCGCGCGCUGCGGCUGCCGCCCAGCGCCAGCAGCAAGACCCCCGGCGCCGGCGGGUCGGCCGUGCGCGCGCGGUUCCCGCUGCUCACGGCCGCGGGCGCGGCGCUGCUCGGCUCGCUGCUCUCGCUCGACCCGGACCGGCGCCCCGGCGCGCGCGAGAUGCUCGCGCACGAGUACUUCCGGCAGGACCCCAAGCCGAAGCAGGAGGCCAUGUUCCCCACGUUCCCGAGCAAGGCGGGCCAGGAACGGCGCCGGCGGCGGGAGACGCCCAACGCGCCCGCGCGCGGUCAGCGGGCCGCCGACCUCGGCGCCGUCGACUUCAGCGGCAUCUUCUCCGGGCGGGAGAAGGAGGAGCGGGGUGGGGGGUUCUCGCUGCGCAUGGUGUAA